UGCCAUUGCUUUCGUCCGCAAGAGAAGUGCUCGACCGUUGGAUCUGGAUGUGUUGGAGUGAAAUUUACAGAAAUCGCGUGAGAGACUCGUGCUGCUCGGAUGGUGUUGGCGUCCCCGUGAAAGUGUGCGGGCCAAGAAAAUGAAGAUGUGGAUGUAACGGAUCGGAAGGGCAUAGGUGUGGUACAGAGAUCUUUGUGGAGUACCUCUCCCAACCACCAAGAUGGCGGAGGUAGACCCAGAGCUUCUGCUGGAAUGGCUCAACAUGGGGCAGGGCGAUGAGCGGGACAUGCAGCUCAUCGCUCUGGAGCAGCUCUGCAUGCUGCUGCUCAUGUCGGACAAUGUCGACCGCUGCUUUGAAAGCUGCCCGCCGCGCACAUUCCUGCCCGCGCUGUGCCGCAUCUUCCUGGACGAGUGCGCCCCGGACAACGUGCUGGAGGUGACGGCCCGCGCCAUCACCUACUACCUGGACGUGUCGGCGGAAUGCACGCGCCGCAUCGUCGCCAUGGAGGGCGCCAUCAAGGCCAUCUGCAACCGCCUGGUGGUGGCCGAGCUGGCGUCCCGCACCAGCAAGGACCUGGCCGAGCAGUGCAUCAAGGUGCUGGAGCUGAUCUGCACCCGCGAGGCGGGCGCCGUGUUCGAGGCGGGCGGGCUGCGCUGCGUGCUGACGUUCAUCCGCGAGCACGGCGGCCGCGUGCACAAGGACACGCUGCACUCGUCCAUGGCCGUGGUGUCGCGGCUGUGCACCAAGAUGGAGCCGCUGGACUCGACGCUGCCGUCGUGCGUCGAGUCGCUGUCCACGCUGCUCAAGCACGAGGACCAGCACGUGAGUGACGGGGCGCUGCGCUGCUUCGCCUCGCUGGCGGACCGCUUCACCAGGCGCAGCGUGGACCCCGCGCCGCUGGCCGAGCACGGCCUCGUCCACGAGCUGCUGGCCAAGCUGUCGGCCGCGGCCUGCACCACCACCACCGCCUCGGCCGGCCACGGCCACGGCCCCAGCGCCCCCGCGCCCACCGCCACGGCGGCCGCCAUGCCCGAGAACAAGUCCUCGGCCUCCGUCUCCACCAUCAUCAGCCUGCUGUCCACGCUGUGCAGGGGCAGCCCCGGCAUCACGCACGACCUGCUGCGCUCCGCGCUGCCCGACGCCAUCGACAAGGCGCUCAAGGGCGACGAGAGGUGCGCGCUGGACUGCAUGCGCCUGGUGGACCUGCUGCUGGUGCUGCUGUUCGAGGGCAGGAAGGCCCUGAACCGCGUGGGGCCCUCCCAGCCCACCGCAUCGGGCAGCGCCUCGGGCAGCGCCUCGGGGCAGCUGCUGCCGCGACUGCGUCGCCUGGACGGCGCCGGCGAGAAGACGCACCGGCAGCUCAUUGACUGCAUACGCAGCAAGGACACCGACGCGUUGGUGGACUCCAUCGACUCGGGCGGAAUCGAAGUCAACUUCAUGGACGAUGUCGGGCAGACUCUGCUCAACUGGGCAUCUGCUUUCGGAACUCAGGAAAUGGUCGAGUUCCUCUGUGAUAGAGGUGCAGACGUGAACAAAGGGCAGCGCUCGUCGUCACUUCACUAUGCUGCCUGCUUUGGGAGACCAGCUAUCGCCAAAGUGCUCCUGAAACACGGGGCGAAUCCAGACCUGAGGGAUGAGGAUGGCAAGACUCCACUAGAUAAAGCCCGAGAAAGAAUCGAUGAGGGGCACAGAGAGGUAGCCGCUAUCCUGCAGUCGCCUGCUGAAUGGAUGAUACCUACUGAUAGAGAGAAGCGUACUGAUUCCACAGAGUGCGAAGAAAGUGGAGAGCCUAAAGGAGAUCCGGAGAUGGCACCUUUAUACCUUCGUAGACUUCUACCUGUUUUCUGCCAUACAUUUCAAUCGACGAUGCUUGCAUCAGUCCGGAAAGCUAGCUUAAGUUUAAUCAAGAAAAUGAUUCAUUAUAUUCAGACUGAUCUUUUGAUGGAGACCUGCAGUCUUGAAUCACCAACUUACAAUUUUGGAGCAACUCUUACAGAAGUGAUUGCCACUGUCUUAGAUAAUGAGGAGGACGAAGAUGGGCAUUUAGUGGUUCUCCAAAUCAUCCAAGAUUUAAUGGAGAAAGCUCAGGAUGCUUUCCUUGAUCACUUUGCACGCUUAGGAGUCUUUUCUAAAGUCCUUGCUCUUGUGGGACCAAGAGAGGGUCAGGAUUCUGUAGUGUCUGCUGCCAAAGAUGAGGAGGAGUCAGAGGUUGACACAUCUCAGGAAGAUGCUCGGGAAAUCUUAGCUGGGAAGGCGUACCACUGGCGAGACUGGUGCUUUUGCCGGGGACGGGACUGUCUCUACAUUUGGUCCGAUGCAGCUGCGUUGGAGCUCUCCAAUGGAAGCAAUGGCUGGUUCCGUUUCAUAUUGGAUGGGAAGCUUGCCACCAUGUACAGCAGUGGAAGUCCUGAGGCUGGAACUGACAGCACAGGGAAAGGGAAAAAUACUGAAACAAUGACUGCUGAAGAAAAUCGAGGAGAAUUCUUAGAAAAGUUGCAGAGGGCACGAUCUCAGGUGAAGCCCAAUGCUCCUAGCCAACCCAUUCUAUCAAGACCAAGCACAUGCCGUCUCAUUGUAGGAAACUGGCAGCUUUCUGCUCGAAGGGAGGGGGAAUUACAUAUUCACAACUCUGAUGGACAGCAGCAAGCAACUAUACUCCGAGAAGAUUUACCUGGAUUUAUCUUUGAGUCAAACCGUGGUACUAAGCACUCCUUCACCGCUGAAACAUCUCUUGGACCCGAAUUUGCUGCUGGCUGGACCGGCAAGAAGGGUAAACGCUUGCGGUCUAAAAUAGAAGCAAUCAAGCAAAAGGUCAAAGUUCAAGCACAAGACAUCUACGACAAAUACUUCAAGGCAGCGCAGGCGCAGCCUCGAGGUGUUGUAGCCAAAUUAGGAAAUAUUGUUGCUCAGAUCGAACGAGCGUGUCAGAAGCAACACAUGAGUGGCAGAGAGAAUGGCUCUGCAUGGCGUGAGAUGCUGGUGGCUGCAUUGGACGAACUGUCUCUGCUGCUUCAGGAGGAUGGUGUUGUAUCGGCCUAUGAACUUCAUAGCUCUGGUUUAGUUCAAGCGCUGCUUGCUUUGUUGUCUACAUCCUGCUGGGAUGAAGGAUUAAAUCAUAAUAAGAGUGAAAAACUGCUUCGCCAACGUGAAAGAGUCUUCCGUAAUUGCUUUAAGGACAAGAAGGGAGAAAGUGGCAACAAUUCUGCUGUGAUAAUGGUUCAGAAAUUAAUAUCAGUCCUAGAGUCUAUUGAACGACUUCCAGUGUAUCUUUAUGAUACUCCUGGAUCUGGAUAUGGUUUGCAGAUUUUAACUAAGAGAUUACGAUUCCGCUUAGAGAAGGCUCCUGGUGAAAGCUGCUUGAUUGACAGAACUGGCAGGAGUUUAAAGAUGGAGCCUCUGAGCACUGUUGCGCAACUGGAACGUUACUUAUUAAAAAUGGUUGCAAAGCAGUGGUAUGAUCAUGAGCGAUCAUCAUUUUCCUUUGUACGCCGCCUGAAGGAGACCAGUAAAAUCUCAUUUCAACACGCUUAUGACUUUGAUGAGAAUGGAGUUAUCUACUGGGUUGGAACCAAUGGCAAAACUUGCUCUGAGUGGGUCAACCCAGGCCAAUAUGGCCUCGUCACGGUCACAUCAUCCGACGGCAGAAAUCUGCCAUAUGGCCGUCUCGAAGAUAUUUUAAGUCGCGAACCAUCGGCUCUUAACUGUCACACAAAUGAUGACAAGAGAGCCUGGUUUUCUAUUGACCUUGGCUUGUGGGUCCUUCCUAACUGCUACACUCUUCGGCAUGCAAGAGGAUAUGGCCGUUCUGCCUUGCGGAACUGGCUGUUCCAGGUUUCCAAGGACGGCGUCACCUGGACCACUUUGCUGGCACACAUUGACGACUGCUCCCUGAAUGAACCUGGAAGCAUGGCGUCAUGGCCCUUGGAAUGUCCGGCCGAGGAAACUCAAGGAUGGCGGCACAUAAGAAUCCAGCAAACUGGCAAAAAUGCGUCCGGUCAAACACACUACCUCAGCCUCUCUGGCUUUGAAAUCUACGGCGUUGUCACAGGAGUGUGUGAGGAUUUGGGCAAAGCUGCCAAAGAGGCAGAAGCAAACCUUCGCAAACAGCGCCGUCUUCUUAAAACUCAGGUUGUCAAACAUUUGGUAGCAGGAGCCAGAGUUGUUCGUGGCCUGGACUGGAAGUGGAGGGAUCAGGACGGCAAUCCACCAGGGGAAGGAACAGUUACGGGAGAGCUGCACAAUGGCUGGAUUGAUGUUACCUGGGACCAAGGUGGUUCUAACUCCUACAGGAUGGGUGCUGAGGGAAAAUUCGACUUAAAACUUGUCAAUUCUGAGUGUAAUGAACCUUUACCUUCGCCUUUACCUACAACAAGCUCUUCUUGUGGUUUGACCCAAACAACUCUCACAUCCUUCGCUAGGCCUGUAACUGGCUCGUCACCAAAGAGUGCCAAGAACGCUGCAGAAUCUGGAAAAGGUCUUACAACAAGUCGGAAAUCCAGUUCCACCCCAAGUCUUCCAGAUGCAACCGAGAAUGCCAAGCCUUCUGUUGCAAGUACUGAACAGGCUGCAUCAGCAGACAACCUCGCUGCCAAACAAGCAGCCGAAGCGAUUGCUGAGUCUGUCCUCAACGUAGCGAGACAAGAAGCUAUGGUUGCGGUUUCAACUGAAAACGAAAACAAUGUUAAUAUGUCAGCAGCUGCAAAUGAGCUGUCUGUUGUUGUUCAAACAUUGCGAGAAACAGGCUUGGACAUUUCAACUGCUACAGAUCUUGCGACCAUUGUUGAAACUUUAGCCUUGGAGGAAACUAGUCGUCAAAACUUGGAGAACAGUAAUACUCUCAAAGAACUGAAUAAGCAGCUCCGUCGACAGACAAGUUGUAGUAGUUGUGGUGAUGAUUCUUCACGUUCCCCUGCAUCGCCUGCUCUUCCCUUAGACUCUUCUCAAGCAAAGACAAACCUCAUGAACAAGUUGACUGUGAGGCCCAACAAGCAUCAAAUUGCUUCAUCGACAAAUUCUGCUGCUGUGGUGGCUGUAGCUGCUGCAGCUGCUGCCUUGGAUGACCACAGCCUCCUUUCUGCCGAAGCAGUGGAAGUGUUGGAUAAAAUGCGUGAAGGCAGUGACCUUCUACGCAACAACACCAACAGCUACCUGUCAGGAGAGCUGCUGCCUUCUGCUCUGCUGGGAGCUGCUCCUUCAGUGGCAUCUCUUGGCCUUAUGGCGUCCCCUGUAGCCCAGUCUGUGCGGAUAAAUGUUCCUGCUGCUGACAACGAGGCUGGAGCGGAGAAGCCUGGCCGUCACAAGCGAGGCACAGCACCUUCCACUGCUGAUGGGAAGAAGGACAAAGACGAGGGUUCCAGUAAGGAUAAGGACAAGGACCUGGCUUCCAGCCGUAACACUCAGAAUGCCAACCCCAUGAGUGUGAGUGUGCCUAACUUAACCUGUGCCGCCCAUACUCAAUCAGCGGAGCCUGUGAACCCAGUGGGACUUCUGGAGACGUUUGCCGCAAUGGCAAGGCGGCGAGCCCCAGGCACUCUGGCUGGUGGACAGGGAGGCAUGGGAGUAUCUACCUCGCCCUCCUGUUCCAACCAUGCACCUGGAAGCUCGCUGUUCCCACGAGGGCCCAGCUCUGUUUCGAGCUUAGUCCGGUUAGCGCUUUCCUCCAAUUUCCCCGGUACCCUUCUCAGCACCGCCCAAAGUUAUCCCAGCUUGACCGCAAGCAACCCACCAGGUGGUGCCAGUGUUGGUAUUUCGACUGCAGCCGGAGCAGGACCGUGUCUUAGCCAGGCUCUCACCAUGAGUCUCACUUCGACAAGUUCUGAUUCCGAGCAGGUCAGUCUUGAGGACUUUUUGGAGAGCUGUCGUGCUCCAACAUUCCUAGCUGAGCUGGAAGAUGAUGAUGAGAUGCCUGAACCUGAUGAAGAUGAAAAUGAUGAUGAUGACAAUGAAGAUGAUGAUUAUGAAGAGGUGUUGGAUGAUGAGGCAACAUAUGAGAGUAGAAACGGAUGUGUUGUGAGCAGUGGCAAACGACGAAGCUGGGAUGACGAAUUUGUUCUGAAACGGCAGUUCUCAGCUCUCAUUCCUGCAUUUGAUCCUCGGCCCGGAAGGACAAAUGUAAACCAGACUACAGACUUGGAAGUUCCUGAACCCGAUGGGGAAGAUAUUGGAACACCUGGUGGGGAAGCUGAACAGAUCCCUCAGCCCAAGCUCCAAUUAGUACUGCGUGGACCCAACCUACCUGGGGUUGCCGACGUUGAAGUUGAAUUGCGAGAUCCUACCUGGACCAUCUUCCACGCAGUGCAAGAACUCAUCCAGUUAGCUGAUCUUGGCUCUCGACAAGAAAAGCUCAGAAGAAUAUGGGAACCUAUCUAUACCAUUGUCUACAGAGAGGCUAAGAAGGAGGAUGGUAGUGAGAGGGAUUCGAGUGAAAACACACAAGUGAUCACCCUCUUUUCACGAAGCAAUCUCCGGUCCACUUCGGGAUCGACCCCCUCCACCCCUCUUGCUCCCCUGGGCUCCCCUUGUGGCACCAUGGCCUGCAGCGUCGAUGACGUCCUCCUCCUCCUUCGUCAUCUCUAUGUGAUAUGCAUGAACCAGCCUUCUCAACCUCACUCACCCCUUUGCGAAGGAGAAGGGGAAACUCAACCCACUCCCGAACUGUUCUCCUCCAAGAAGAUCACCAACAAAGUGAUGCAGCAGAUUCAGGACCCUCUGGUCCUGUCGUCUGGAGCCCUGCCCUCGUGGUGCGAGGACCUGAACCACUCGUGCCCCUUCCUGUUCCCGUUCGAGACGCGGCAGCUCUACUUCAACUGCACCGCGUUCGGAGCUUCCAGGUCCAUCGUGUGGCUGCAGACGCAGCGCGACGUGACGCUGGAGCGGCAGCGCGCCCCGGGGCUGUCCCCGCGGCGCGACGACCCCCACGAGUUCCGCGUGGGGCGCCUCAAGCACGAGCGCGUCAAGGUGCCGCGCGGCGAGAAGCUGCUGAGCUGGGCGCUGCAGGUGAUGCGGCUGCACGCGGACCGCAAGAGCAUCCUGGAGGUGGAGUUCCAGGGCGAGGAGGGCACGGGGCUGGGCCCCACCCUCGAGUUCUACGCGCUGGUGGCGGCCGAGCUGCAGCGCAAGGACCUGGGCAUGUGGCUGUGCGACGACGACGAGGCCGAGAUGGAGCAGCCCGUGGACCUGGGCGAGGGCACCAAGCCGCCGGGCUUCUAUGUGCGCCGCGCCGCCGGGCUGUUCCCCGCGCCCCUGCCGCAGGACUCGGCCGAGUGCGAGCGCGCCGUCACGUACUUCUGGUUCCUGGGCGUGUUCCUGGCCAAGGUCCUGCAGGACAACCGGCUGGUGGACCUGCCCCUGUCGACGCCCUUCCUCAAGCUCAUGUGCCAAGGCGACGCGGCGGCGCGGCGCGUGCUGCGGCCGCACCACGCCGACGACCAGCCCGGCCUCCAGCCCGGCAACGCCGACGCCAUGACCAGCUCGCUCAUCUCCGAGGAGAGCGAGAAGGAGCUGGAGCUGGACCCGCCCAAGGCCGGCGGCGAGGGCGAGGACGCGCGGCCCUGGUUCAGCGGCAUCCUGGGCAGGGAGGACCUCGCCGAGGUGGACCCCGUGCGCGGCAAGUUCAUGGCGCAGCUGGGCGAGCUGGCGCAGCGCAAGGCGCGCAUCCUGCAGGACAACGCGCUGUCCGUCGAGUCCCGCGCGCACCAGAUGCAGAACCUGGCGCUGGCGCCGUCGCAGUCCUGCGGCACGGCGGUGCGCCUCGAGGACCUGGCCCUCACCAUGACGUACCUGCCCUCGUCGCGCGUCUUCGGCUUCAUGGCGGCCGAGCUCGUCGCCAGCGGCUACAACAUCGAGGUGUCGAUCGACAACGUGGAGGAGUACUCCACCCUGACGGAGUCCUUCUGCCUGGAGAAGGGCAUCGCCCGCCAGAUGAACGCUUUCUCGAGGGGCUUCAACCAGGUAUUCCCCAUGGACAAGCUGCGGGCCUUCAGCCCCGAGGAGGUCCGCACCAUGCUGUGCGGCGACCAGAACCCCCAGUGGACUCGCGAGGACCUGCUCAACUAUACCGAGCCCAAGCUGGGCUACACUCGUGACAGCCCCGGCUUCCAGCGGCUGGUGAACGUGCUGCUCAAGAUGUUCCCCGAGGAGCGCAAGGCGUUCCUGCAGUUCACGACGGGCUGCUCGUCGCUGCCGCCGGGCGGCCUGGCCAACCUCUACCCCCGCCUCACGGUGGUGCGCAAGGUGGACGCCGGCGAGGGCAGCUACCCGUCCGUCAACACGUGCGUGCACUACCUCAAGCUGCCCGAGUACCCCUCGGAAGAGCUGCUGCGCGAGAGGCUGCUGGCCGCCACGCGCGAGAAGGGCUUCCACCUCAACUAGAGCGGCAGCCUGGACGGCCUGGACGGCCUGGACCCCGUGAUUCCAUUUCUAACAGAUCUCAGAGUGUUUGGCGUUUGGCCGCACUGCCGCCUGCCGCUCUGUGCGGUGCGGCGUGCCGUUUGUAGAAAUGCCAUGGUGAUAGCGAUAGCGGCGUGUCGUGUUGUGUUUAAGGGAUUGCGUUGUAGGGUAAAUGAUUGAUGUAGUCCGGAACCGCACCGGCCGCGUUGUCGUGCGGUGAUUGUCAUCGUGUUUGGUGGUUUUAUUUUUUGUGUCUUGUUUGUAUUUUUUGAGUUCUGAGCCGCAAUUUGUAAAGCAAGCCGAAUCUCAACAAAGAUGUUUCCCAAAGAAUCAAAGUGUCAAGAUAUAGACUUAUCUUAUUGAUUUUUAAACUCCUGAUUUGUAGAUUAUGUCGAUGCACAAUGCUCAUGUCUCGUUUCCUUUUUUUGACUUGUUUUUUUGUUGGUGGUCACAUUGCAUAGCAAAAUACUACAACCCUUUAUUUUUUUCCCUUUUCUUAAAGUAAAGGAAUGCUUUGUGAGAUUUUAGGCCGUGAUAUAUAAACUGACGAAGUAAUGUUAACUGUUACUGCAUUCAGUAUAAUUAUGUUUAUUACCCUUUUCCUUAAGUCUUUGAAAAAUACAUGGUUGAAAAUGUUACUAGUCUGUUUCCAAUAGGCACUAUCGCCAAAGAUAGCACACUUUAAAUGUGUGAGUGCUUUUCAGAGCAGCUUCUGCUGCACUGCCGUUGUGGAAAGAUUUCAUUUAUGUGCCUUACUGCACAUCAAACUCUGUGAAUUCUGUUUAACAGAUAUUGUGAUGUAUGUGAUGCUUGAAUGGGAGCUACGUAUAAGAAAUAACUAUUAUUGUUGUAUUGAAAAUAUGAAGAAGUUUACUUUGCCUAAUGCGUAAUGGACAAAUUAUGUUGUACAUAUUGUAAUAUCUAGAGUUUUAUGAGCUUUUACUAUUGUACUUGUUCAUCAAUGUUUGUGAGAAAUAAAUACUGCUGCUCAUGGU